AUGAGGCAGAGCUUUGCAACUGGCCAGUUUAUACUGCUGUAUUUGAUCAUCAUAUUAAUUUAUGAAUUCUUCGACUGCCAUGACAUUUGCACAAAACCUGAUCUGGGGGGUUAUAAAAAACUGGUUUUUGAGAAUGGUUCUUAUGAAAAUUAUCAUCACUAUAAUUAUUCUCAGACAAUCCGCUUUAGUCAGCCUGUUCCAGUUGUUAAAGGCAGCUUUAAAGAAUGGCGUAAUAAAAAAGAAAUUGCUGCACGAUUCCCGUUUACGUUUUACGGUUCUGAAGUCAAAAAAUUCGAAAUAAGCACUACUGGUAGAAUUGAAUUGUACGAUCAAGCGUCCUUAGGAGUAAUUGAGAGUUUUGUGGCAAGUAAUUUUUAUGAGUAUACAGAAGUUUUGGAUCAGAUUACUGAAGCCAUUAUAACUACUCUGAUACAUCCUAAUGGGAAGAUAUCAAUAUAUUAUGGGCAAAUUCCUGAUUGGAUUGGCGAACACCGAAAAGCAUCAACAAUUUCUGGAUUGAUUCGAUGCACAAACGAAGGUGUGAAAAGAACUCAAAUAGAUGUUCCUAAAAAAUGGAUCCAUAGUGGAACGUUAGUGGAGUAUGAACCUUUCGCGGAUUGUCCAAAACAAAACUCGAGUGAAGCAUGUCGAGACGCAACAACAUCGUAUACAACGUGUGUUUGGUGUGAGAACAUCAAUACGUGCAUCACCAACAGUGAAAAACAUAUUCAUCAAUCCAAAGUAAAUGGUUGCCAGGAUAAAAAUUCGAUUGUCGAGGCUUCCAUUGAACGAAAAACUGAAACUGAUCUAAGAAAUGAAUCGAAGAAGACUGGUCAAAGCGCUGAAUCACAUUUGAACAUGACCACAGAUACAACUGAAGACUUUGGAGAAAGAAAAUCAUCGCAAUACCCGAUAGUUAGUGAUUUAGACUUUCUCUACGAUCAUAUUGUAAAAUUUAUGGAAUCUGGUGAAACACGUAACAUAAUUUCUGUAGAAAUAGCUGAACAAAGCAUCUACUUUGAGCGUCUUUUAAAAUCGUCAUUCAGUGGAUUGGUGAAAAUUUGGAAACUAUUGCUCAAUAUUCAUUGGAGUUAUUGCUAUGUAUCCGACUUGGCAUGCAAUCAUCCAUCUAAUUAG